CUUCUGCCAAUCCAGUGCUGCUCCGUUCCCCUCCAAAGGCCUGUUUCGGGUGUAUCUGUGGGUGUGAAUGAACGCCGUCAGUAUUGGGGAGUACCAUGGGCUGCGGGUGGGCUCAGCCCUGCUCAGUAUCGUAUCGGGCUGCAUCAUCAUCGGCGUGUCGAAGGACUGUGGCGCCGACGCUGUGGGGGGUCUUUUCCUGGGAGCAGGAGGACUAGGUCUCCUGAUCUCGGUGUACCCCUUCAUCAAAACCUGGCUAAAUGUCCAUCACAUCCUGCCCAACAUAGGAAAUUUUAGAAUUCACCCAAUGGGGCCGACCCCAGCACCAGUACCAGCACCAGCACCAGAACAGCUGUCUGACGUGCUCAGAAGAGAAGGUACUCAGGUUCAGAUGGAGCGCUCCAAGAGCCGGAUGGGGACGUUUGUGGACGCUGGAGCUGCCGCACCCGAGAGCUCGCAGGAAGACGGACCCUCUGCAGACGUUCCAGAUAUUUUGGGCCGGUCGUAAAAUCACACCCUAGGAUCAAGACCUUCCUUAAGCACAGUCCAUGAACCAUCUCAAGGAACAGAGACAUUCUGACUGUCAUAAAUCACUAUUGUUUGAUAUUAAUGAAGCUAAAAUUGUGUUUUGGAAUAAACGAAACACCAGUGGUUACACG